UUUAUUCUCUGGCAAAGUAAAAGUAUCCUAAAUUAGUUUUCUAAGAUACGACUGGUCGCUGAAAUUGACGUCAUCCACCCCAUCAAAGUUAAUUAUUCCACUUUUACCUGAGCUCUCCUGUCAGUCAAGCUUGCGGUGACAAGAAGCCAUGGGUGACGAAGAAAAGAAGGAAAAGAAGAAGAAGAGUAAGAAGAAACAAGAGGAAGCUCCUCCACCAGCUGCAGAACCCGCUCCUGCUCCGGCAGAACCUGCACCACCUGCGGAGGAACCAGCACCCGCACCCGCACCAGAACCAGCACCGACCGAAACUAGUCCUCAAUCUUCCGUUUAUAAGUCGACUUCUACUAAAAGAAGAGCACAGAGAACCACAUCCAAUAUAUUCGCCAUGUUUACUCAAAAUAAAGUACAAGAGUUUAAAGAGGUAAGAGACUUAAAAUUGGCAUUUUAUGGGAGAAAUUGGAAACAAGUAGAAGACAGCGAUCUAAUUUCGAUGGUAGAAGAAGCGCCAGGACCCAUUAAUUUUACCAUGUUUUUAACUAUAUUUGGAGAAAGAAUAGCAGGAACCGACGAUGAACAUAUAAUUGUUAAUGCCUUUAGAAAAUGGGAUCAAGAAGAAAUCGGAAAAAUUAAAGAAUCCAUUUUAAGACACGCAUUAAUGUCAUGGGGAGAGAUAUUUAACGAGAGCGAAGCGGACGAAGUACUUCGGGAAGCUCCUAUCGAUUAUGAUGGUUAUAUCGAUAUUAUUAAGUUUACAAAAGUCAUCACAAAAGGGGAAGACGAUGAAAGUUAAGCUUUGGUUAGAGAAUUGAACUGUCAUGGAAUGGUGAUGGAUGUGUAAGCUUGACAGACUUAGAAAUCAAUGCAAAUUGAAAACAAAAUUGUAAAAAUUCAAAUAAUAAUUAAUAAAAUAUUUUAACAUUGA